AUGUCUUCCCAGCAGCAAGAGCAGCAGCAGUGCCCACCCCAGAAACCCCAGCAGCAGCAGGUGAAGCAGCCCUGUCAGCCACCCCCUGUCAAAUGUCAAGAGACGUGUGCACCCCAAACCAAGGAUCCAUGUGCUUCCCAGGCCACAAAACAAUGCUCACCCAAGGGCACAGCCACUGCAGUCCAGCAGAAGUGUCCACCAGCCCAGCAAGCCCCAAAGAGUAAACAGAAGUAAGGAUGGACUGGGGAUUACCAUCUAUCCACCAACCAAGCUACCAGAUGGAGCCCUCUCUUCUUCAGGAUUU